CUGGGGUACGAGUAGUUUGAGUUGGAAUCCUCGCAGAGUGAGAGAGAGAGAGAGAGUUCGGACCCAUCUCCUAUAAAUUUGCUUCUCCUUUCCUUCUUCACUCUUGCCGUCUCUCUCUCUCUCUCUCUCCUCCGGGCGCCACUCGCCAUCUUACGCUUAUAUCAGAAGAAAAGAGCACGGCGGAUUUGAGUUUAUCGAUUUUGACGAGAAGAUGUCGGAUUUGACAAAUUCCCACGCCGCGGAGAGCUUCAUACUUUUGGAGGAUUCAGUUGAUCUGCCAGCAGAUACUGGAAGUUCUAUCUCUAGACUUGCUCCCCUUGAAGCAAUUCUGUUUGAUGUUGAUGGAACACUGUGUGAUUCAGAUCCAAUGCAUUACUAUGCUUUCCGCGAAAUGCUGCUAGAGAUUGGUUACAAUAAUAGUGUCCCCAUAACUGAGGAGGACUUUAUUGAGAAAGUUGCUGGCAAGAACAGUGAGGACAUCGCCAACACUUUAUUUCCUGACUGGGAUCGCGAAAAGGCUAUGAAAUUCAUUGAUGAUAAGGAAGCUAGGUUUCGGAAGUUGGCAUCUAAACAGUUGGAGGCAAUAGAUGGUCUCUACAAGCUACGAAAAUGGACCGAGGAUCGAGGCUUAAAGCGUGCAGCCGUGACUAAUGCUCCAAGGCCUAAUGCUGAGCUUAUGAUUUCGAUUCUUGGCCUGUCUGACUUCUUCCAGCAUAUGGUAAUUGGGAGCGAAUGCGAGAGGGCUAAACCAUUUCCUGAUCCUUACCUGAAGGCUCUCAACCUGCUCAAUGCAUCUCCUGAGCACUCAUUGGUGUUUGAUGAUUCUGCAUCAGGAAUAAAAGCUGGUGUGGCAGCAGGCAUGCCUGUAGUUGGAGUCAUGACAAGAAAUCCUGAAAAAUCACUUAAGGAUGCAGGAGCCAGUUUGCUUAUAAAGGAUUACAAUGAUCCGAAGCUUUGGAAGGCAUUGGAAGAUCUAGAGAAAGCUGAAGCCACAUUGAAGAAGGCUGAUGUCUGAGGUGGAUUCGUUCUUCAUUAGAUGCUGGGAAUGAUGUGAAAUAAGGGGGAAAUAAUAGCAAUCCAACAGGAGAUUUUUAUUUGUUUGCGGCAACUUUAUACAAACAUAUGCAUAUUCCUUUUGGAAUUCUAAGGUCAUUUCGUACUGAUGAGGUCCUCUUGCACCACAAAUGAUCAAGAAACCUGCAGUCAUCCACUUGAUUUUACUUAAACAGAUCGUAGUGGAUGUAAUAUCCGAAAUGUUGUUCCAUUACUUACCAAUCUUUUGAGAACAGUGAUCAAUAAAAAACAGUGAAAUGGGGUUAUAAUCAUCA